AUGAAAAGUUUAGAAGAAGGAUAUAUUACACGAAGGUAUCUUCUAUCAACUCGGGAAAUCCAAUAUGGGUUAUUGUGUAAUGUAAAGAUAUCAGAAGAUCAAUUGUCAUCAUCAGGUUAUUUAGAAGACGACAAGACAAAUUUACAAUCACAAGUGAAGUUUUCAAAUUCCAAAUACAAAUUGAAACAAUACAAAAAGGAUUGGUUAAAAACCACAACUUUACUUUUAGUAUUGGGUAGGUUAUUAUCAGGAAACAAUGACAAAAUCCGUAGUUAA